GGAUUUUCUCGACUGAGGAUGCUGCUGCCCGGUGGCCGGCAAGGGCCCCAUCGGUCUCAAACGUGAAUUUUGGACCAACACAAUCUCAUAUAGUGAUUGUUCUGCUUCCCGUGUUGCGCCACAACAAAUUUCCUUGGGCUACAUUUUCCCUCAGAUUUGAGUAAAAGAUUUGAGGUCACGCUAAGGAGCCUGCAUACUGAGGUACAGAAACGGUUUUUUUGUUUACAACAACAACAAAAAACCUCGCGACGGGACCGCCGAGUUUGCGGCAGCCAAAAAAGCUAGCGAUGAGCUCAGCUAAAGUGCCGGGACUCUCGGAUAGAUUUCUAACAUGUUUGAAAUCUGGACCCCAACGCUGGAACCCAAUGCUGUUCUUUUGUGGUCUCUGGAACCACAACGCUGGAAUAGGCUGGAACCCAACCAACGCUGUUCUUUUGUGGUCUCUGCCUCUGGGGAGUCCACAACCUGUAAAUCUAACAUGCAGCCAACGGUGCGGCUUCUGGCCGCCCCACGUCUGAGUAAAGCCUUCUCUGUGACGAGAGGGUAGAGGAGACUGACUGGAGCCAGAGAAUGGAGGCGGCAGGCUGGCGGGGGUGGGGAGAGGCACUUUCAGGCGCACUUCACAGACGCACAAAAGCAAGGAAGCCUGAAGGGAAGGCGGUUGAAAAUAAGGCAACAGAAGCCGCGAACGGAAGCGCGCCCCCCUCAGGAUUGGUUUGACACUCCGAAGCUCAGCCUCGCCCGCCCAGAAGACCAGCUGCGGAUCACGGCCGCGCGCGCGCGCACUCGCGCUGCUCUCGGGCGCUGGGCAGUGAGAGCCGCGCGCACCGGUUAAUUCUGCCAAUCAUGCGUCUGGGCCUCCCAUCGUGUGGGCCAAGCCCCGCCCCAACCACCCGCUGGCGGAGGCGGGCGCGCAGUCCCGCCGCUCCGAGUCGCUGAGUGAAGCGGCGCCUCGUGCGACAGUCAAUCUGGCCAAUUGCGCGUCUUUUCCGCUUACCGCACGGCCCCGCCCCUGCCACAGGAUCGAUUUAUGGCCGCAGAGAAAAACCAAGAUUUCACUUUCAAGAUGGAAAGUCCGUCAGACUCAGCUGUGGUUUUACCUAGCACUCCUCAGGCCUCUGCGAAUCCAUCAUCUCCCUAUACAAAUAGUUCGCGAAAACAACCUAUGAGUGCAACACUUAGAGAAAGAUUAAGGAAAACAAGAUUUUCAUUUAAUUCCUCUUACAAUGUGGUGAAACGUCUUAAAGUAGAGAGUGAAGAAAAUGAUCAGACCUUUUCAGAGAAACCAGCAUCUUCCACAGAGGAAAACUGUUUGGAAUUUCAAGAAAGUUUUAAACAUAUAGACAGUGAAUUUGAAGAAAAUACAAAUUUGAAAAAUACUUUGAAGAAUCUCAAUGUCUGUGAAUCUCAGUCACUUGAUUCUGGAUCAUGCAGUGCUCUCCAAAAUGAGUUUGUGAAUGAGAAGCUUCCUAAACAAAGAUUAAACGAUGAAAAAGCCAAAUUGGUGAAGCAGGUUCAGGAGAAAGAAGACCUUCUUCGGAGGCUAAAACUAGUCAAAAUGUAUAGAUCAAAGAAUGAUCUGUCUCAGUUACAGUUGUUAAUAAAGAAGUGGAGAAGCUGUAGCCAGCUCUUGCUUUAUGAGUUGCAGUCAGCUGUGUCUGAAGAGAACAAGAAACUAAGCCUUACUCAACUGAUAGACCACUAUGGGUUAGAUGAUAAAUUACUACACUAUAACAGAAGUGAAGAAGAAUUUAUAGAUGUUUAAUUCCUGAUUUCUGCUCCAGAAUAUCUUUGAGAAUGACAACUUAAUUAAAAGAUACUUAGGCACUUUUUUUUUUUUUUUGAUACUGAGUCUCGCUCUUGUCACCCAGGCUGGAGUGUGAUGGUGCGAUCUUGACUCACUGCAACCUCUGCCUCUCGGGUUCCAGCAAUUCUCCUGCCUCAGCCUCCCGAGUAGCUGAGAUUACAGGCACCCGCCACCAUGCCCAGCUAAUUUUUGCAUUUUUAGUAGAGACUGGGUUUCACCACGUUGGCCAGGCUGGUCUCGAACUCCUGACCUCAGGUGAUCCACCGCCUAGGCCUCCCAAAACCAUUAGGGCUCAGAGGAAGGUAUCCCGAUGAAUAUCAAUUAAGGGCACUUUAAUAUAUAAAUUAUAAACUAAGUUCUAAAAGGAAAAUUAGUAUUUUGGAUAGAUUUGUCAAAACGACAUUUAAGUCAUGUUUAAAAAGUCAUUUGGGCAGUUCUGGAAACUAGUUUUAAUACAUUUGUUUUUUAUGACAAAAAGUUUUAUUUUAAAUGUUAAAAAUUGUCCAAUCUGGUGAAUGUCUAACCCUAAAGUUUAAAAAUUUCUGCCUCCUAAGUUUAUGCACCUUGUUUCCAUCCAUUUACCACAUAUUUCCAUCUGAUAAUCUAGCAGGUAAUUAAACUUAUAUGUCCAAAACCAUA